AUGGCUGUUUCCAAGGGAAUUUACAUGGUGCAGGAGAUCAAAGUCUCCCACUACUUGGACCACAUCCAGCCCGCCAUCGAUCGCCUGGCCACGGAGGGCGCCGCCCUCUUCAAAGGCGUCGACCCGCUGGCAGCGCCGGAGGAGGCGGCGGAGGGGGAGCACAGUCUGGCGCGCAUGGCUUGCUUCCAGCGGUUCCGGGCGCUGGUGGUGGGGGAGGUGGACAGGUGGUGCCGGGAGAACCAGGUCCCUGAGGAGCUGCUGCACCGCGAUCUGGCGGCGGCUAAGGCGGCGGCCCUGGCGGGCAAGGAGACGAAUGGCACCAUCUUGUUGGAGCUCCUGGCCGCGGUGGACGACUUCGGCGCCUUCGCGGCCUACAUGGCCGGGGAGACGAGCAACGCGGCGAGCGGCAGGGCCGGGUACGCUGGCUGA